CCGCCGUUCCUAGAGCCCAGCCCAGCAGAGCCAUCAUGAGUGACCAGCAGCUGGAUUGUGCCUUGGAUUUAAUGAGGCGUCUGCCUCCCCAGCAGAUAGAGAAAAACCUCAGUGACCUGAUUGAUUUGGUCCCAAGCCUCUGUGAAGAUCUCCUGUCUUCUGUUGACCAACCAUUGAAGAUUGCUCGGGAUAAGGUGGUGGGAAAGGACUAUCUAUUGUGCGACUACAACAGAGAUGGAGACUCUUAUAGAUCACCAUGGAGUAACAAAUACGAUCCUCCUCUAGAAGACGGUGCCAUGCCAUCUGCUCGCCUGCGCAAGCUGGAGGUGGAAGCCAACAAUGCCUUUGACCAGUACAGAGACUUGUAUUUUGAAGGUGGAGUCUCCUCUGUCUACCUCUGGGAUCUGGAUCAUGGCUUUGCUGGUGUGAUCCUUAUUAAGAAAGCUGGAGAUGGAUCAAAGAAGAUUAAGGGAUGCUGGGAUUCCAUUCAUGUGGUAGAAGUUCAGGAAAAGUCCAGUGGUCGCACUGCUCAUUACAAGUUGACCUCCACGGUGAUGCUGUGGCUGCAAACUAACAAAACUGGUUCCGGUACCAUGAACCUCGGAGGAAGCCUUACUAGACAGAUGGAGAAAGAUGAAACUGUGAGCGAUUCCUCUCCACACAUAGCCAAUAUUGGACGCUUGGUAGAGGACAUGGAAAACAAAAUCAGAAGUACGCUGAAUGAGAUUUAUUUUGGAAAAACAAAGGACAUCGUUAAUGGGCUGAGGUCUGUGCAGACUUUUGCAGACAAAUCAAAACAAGAUGCUCUUAAAAAUGACCUGGUGGAGGCUUUGAAGAAAAAGCAGCAAAGUUAAAGUACUCUUCUUGCUAACAAGACAUGCCAUGCACUCAUUAGAUUCCUUUCUUAGACAAUUCAUUUUCUCCCUAGCCCCCCCUUUUUGGUUACAUCACAUCACAGUUUGCAUCCAGUACUAUCCAUACAUCGCCAUCUCCCCAUAAAUAAAGCUGUACAAACUUU